AUGAAAUUGAGAGUGACGUUGGUGUUUCUAGCUGUAGGAUGUCUGGCUAGAUUUACAUACAUCAGUGCUGCUGAAAGUAACAACCGUCCUAUAAUAGGAAUUCUCGCAGAAGACACUGUAUCUCCAUAUGGCAAAACAUACAUUUCUGCUACCUAUGUCAAAUUUCUUGAACAAGCAGGUGCCCGAGUAGUACCAAUCAGGGGGAAUCAAUCACUGGAAUAUUACCAGAUGAUGGUUAACUUUACUAAUGGUAUUUUAAUCCCCGGCGGUGCUGUGAGUUUCAUUAAAAGUGCAGUUGGGAGGUCCAUUAGGAUUGUUUUUGAGUUGGCAUUGGAACUCAACAGAAAAGGAGAUUACUACCCAGUCUGGGGAACAUGCAUGGGGUUUCAGGCCUUAUGCUACCUCGUGGAGGGAAGUAACUUGCUGAAACCAACAGAUUCUAGCAACGUGACUUGGCCCUUAUAUUUUGCUCCAGAGGCCAAGAAAAGUCGCCUGUUUGGGUCUGCUCCACCGGACAUUCUACGAAUUCUGGCAACAGAGAAUGUAACUCAGCAUGAACACAGUUACAGUAUCUUAACCUCGGAUUUUGAAAGCUCAACACUGUCCAGAUUUUUCACAAAAUUAUCAACAAACAAGGAUAGAAAGGGAGUUGAAUUUGUAUCCAGUAUUGAAGCCAAGGAAUACCCAAUCUACGGCGCCCAGUGGCAUCCAGAAAAGAACAGUUUCAACUGGAACCCAAACUAUACAAUUAAUCACGAUGCUGAUGCUGUGAAGGUGGGACAGUAUGUGGCUAACUUCUUUGUUAGCGAAGCUCGAAAAAGCCAGCACAGAUUUCCUAGCCUAAAAGCAGAGGUUCUGAAUUUAAUACAGAACUUUAAGCGAGUUUAUUUUACAGAUGGUUCUUUCUUUGAGUUUUAUUUCAUUGAUCCAAACUGA